GGUCGGCCCGGACGGCGAGCUCUAAUCCGGUUAGGGGGGAUUAGCGUGGAGGUUUAAAGGCCGGAGCGGCACGGAGAACGCGCGCGCCGGAGAGGAAGCGGUCGCCGCCGACCAGCGGGGCAACUCGGACGGCAGCGUGUGAGUGAGCCCGGGGGCGGGCCGGGGGCGGCCGUCCCACCGCUCCGCCACCGCCCGGGGGCUCCGGCCCCGGCGCCCUCGCUGCCCAGACGUAACCUUUUGUUGUCCCUCCCUCCCUCCCUUCGCGCUUUGACAGUGUAGACGAUGCCAGCCAUCAACAUCGAGGACCUGAGCGAGAAGGACAAACUGAAAAUGGAAGUGGAGCAGCUUCGGAAAGAAGUGAAGCUGGAGAGGCAGCCGGUGUCCAAGUGCUCCGAAGAGAUCAAGAACUACAUCGAGGAGCGGUCGGGCGAGGACCCGCUGGUGAAGGGGGUUCCCGAGGACAAGAAUCCCUUCAAGGAGAAGGGAGGCUGUGUCAUCGCUUAGAAGAAUGGCCCCCGCGCCUGCCCCCGGAGCAGACAUUGCUCCUAUACCCCUACGGAGUCACUAGCGUGUCCCUACCGCCACCGGUCCGUGUUGAACGAGCACAGGAGCGGAUUUCUUGUUAUUUUCUAUUUCUCCUUACAAAAAUACAGAAACCCACCCGAAAGCUGCCGAGACCCGCGCAGGCCGCUCGGCAGGGCCGGCUGUGCCCUGCUCCCUGGCGGGGCCGGCUCCUGUCGCUGCGCGGGGCCCUUUCGCCACCCGCUUGUCGGUCGCUUCAUGGCUGUUCGUUGGCAUUAAAGAAAACCUACCCGUAA